AGCUCCGGAAAAACACUGUGCAGGUACUCGACAACAGGACUGAAUCAUACCUCCAAACAGUUGUUUUGCAACUAAAACGAGAGUUUCUAUUGGACAAAUUCAGGUAGAUCACUCCCCGUGUCGUUACGUUUGUUUCCGUUUCAGAAAAGUUUUGCAACGGAUUCAGCGUAAUGAAUUUCUCCUCAGAUAUCCGCGGUGGGGCCGUUUGAGAUCAUUCCUGGACGAUACCACACUAUUAAAAGUGCGAUUUGCUACAAAGGAAAUACUCUGAGUUCAUAUUGAUUGUAUCGAAAUUGGUUUCCUGAACUGUACUAUUUCGGUUGCAGUGUUUAUUUUUUUUAAAUAUAUUUUUUUCUGGUUUGUGAAUCACCUGUUAUCGUGGAGACCGUAGGACUCCAUUGAAGACAAAAGGCCUAACCUCCCUCCCCUUGGAAUUUACCUGAGGAGUAGCUGGCCUACACACAUCAGGAACAGACAGAUUUACCUGGUCGCCGGCCACCAUGGACUACAUGGACUCUGGAAUGAGAUACACCCCCAAUAAGGGACCGGACAGGGACUGGGACCAGGAUGUGACGUUCCUCCCAGCAGCUGACAGUAAGAAGUUUGAGAAGAAGAAAGGACCAGGGAGAGUCGGGGCUGUGAUCGGCAUCGUUAUCUUCGCUGCUGUCAUCGCCCUUAUGACCGGCCUACUGGUCUGGCACUUCCACUAUCGUAAGGAUACGCGUAUCAAGAAGAUGUACAGUGGGUCGAUGAAGAUCACCAACCAGGUGUUUGAGGAUACCUAUGAAAACUCCAACAGCACUGAGUACAGAGCGCUGGCCGAACAGGUCGUUAAACAGCUGAAAACACUCUACCACAAGAUGCCCCAGCUGGCCAAGUACUAUGUUGGCUCCAACGUACAAGCCUUCAGCGAAGGCAGUGUGAUAGCCUACUACCUGUCAGAGUUUGAAGUGCCACGUGGCCAGGAAGCAGCGGUGGACAAGGCCAUGUCCUCCAUGGACAAGGUAGUGGAUAAGGUGCAGAGGGGCUUCCCGAACAGCAGGCCUGGCAACGAUCUGUUGUUUGAGGAUGUCAUGAACUCUGCUCUGGACUCUAGAAUGUUCUCCGAGUCCUUCAGUGAAUACUACAGGUACUCAGAACACACCAGAGCGAAUACGAUUGUUCCAAUCCUGUCACCUGGUUUCCCCAAUACUCCGUACCCGCCCAACACCUUCAUCCAAUGGCAGCUGAGAGCCGACCCUGGUCACGUGCUCAAACUGGACUUUGAUACCUUCAACCUAGAGGAGGACUGUCGUAACGACUUUGUUAAGGUCUACGACUCCCUGGUGGCCAUCGAGAGCCACGCCAUGGAAGAGAUUUGUGGCUACCACUCUCCCAGCUCCCCCCUGACCUUCCAGUCCUCCCGAAACGUGAUGCUGGUAACCAUGGUAACUAACAACGAAAAUAACUACCCAGGACUCAGAGCGCACAUCUCUCAGAUCCCCCGGAACAGCAAAGAGCUGGCAUGUGGUGGCCAGCUAUCAGGAGAGACGGGGCUUUUCACAUCCCCAAACUACCCCAACUACUAUGCUCCCAACACCAAAUGUGAAUGGGAUAUACAGGUCCCUGCUGGUAAGUCAGUGAAGGUCAAGUUCAGUACCUUCCUGUUAUCAGAGCUGGGUCAGGAGAACACGAAGGACUGUUACAAGGACUAUGUAGAGAUCAACAACAAGAGGUAUUGUGGAGAACCUCCAACCAGUCCUGUUGUAACCAGUGACACUAACACCAUGAAGGUAGUCUUUCACUCCGACGCCUCGUAUGUAGACAGAGGAUUCAGCGCCACGUACGAGACCUUCGAAUCCACGGACCCCUGUCCGAACAAGUUUCAGUGCAACAACCAGCGUUGUGUCAACACACAUCUGAAGUGUGACGGUUGGAACGACUGUGGAGAUAUGAGCGACGAGAUGAACUGCAAGUGUGAUUCCACUCAGAUCAGCUGUAAGAACGGCCUGUGUAAGCCCCAGUUCUGGGAGUGUGAUGGAGUGAACGACUGUGGCGAUGACACCGAUGAGCAGAACUGUGGUGCUUGUAAAGCGGGGGAGCUGACAUGUCAGAACGGAAAGUGUGUGUUGGAGAAGAAACGCUGUGACGAGAAGGAUGACUGUGGCGACGGGUCAGACGAGAGCGACUGUGGACGAAUUAUGAAUAAUGUGCAGUGUUCUGACUCCACCUAUAAGUGUGAGAACAACAAGUGUACCAACAAGGAGAACCCUGAGUGUGAUGGAACACCUGACUGUGAGGACAAAUCAGAUGAGGCCAACUGUGAUUGUGGGCGGAGCCUGUUUAAAACUAGCCGUAUCGUGGGUGGUCAGGACGCAGAAGAAGGGGAGUUCCCGUGGCAAGUCAGCCUCCACAUUAAGAACGGUGGUCACGUGUGUGGUGCUUCCAUCAUCAGCCAGCGCUGGCUGGUUACUGCUGCUCACUGUGUACAGGAUGACGCCAAGACCAGGUAUUCCCAGCCAGGUGUAUGGGAGGCGUACCUAGGCCUUCACGUCCAGAAGCAGAACAGUAAGAACGUUCAGAAGAGGAACCUGCGUCAGGUGAUCUCCCACCCGUACUACAAUGCCUAUACCUUUGACAACGACAUCGCUCUGAUGGAGCUCGACAGCCCCGUGACCUUCUCUGAUUACAUCAGACCCAUCUGUCUGCCCUCCCCACAACACACCUUCCCCCAGGGCAACUCUGUCUGGAUCACAGGUUGGGGUGCCACACGAGAAGGAAGCUCUGGUGCAUCCAUCCUGCAGAAGGCCCAGGUUCGUAUCAUCAACAGUACUGUGUGCAACCGCCUGAUGGGAGGACAGAUCACCUCCAGGAUGACGUGUGCUGGUGUGCUGACUGGAGGUGUGGACGCAUGUCAGGGGGAUUCUGGCGGGCCUCUGUCCAGUCCUGGUACUAGUCGUAUGUUCCUGGCUGGAGUGGUGAGUUGGGGUGACGGCUGUGCCCGUAGGGACAAGCCUGGGAUCUACAGCACCGUCACCAAGUUCAGGGGCUGGAUCAAGGAGAAGACCGGCGUGUAACAGGACACGGGGAAACGACUAGGAAUGAUGAGGACAACCGGUCGAUGAACACGCCAGUACAGAUUACUGGUACGCCAGGACUCGCCCUCUAUACCCUCCUCCUCUCCCUUCCAUUAUCCAGGAGUGGUGAACACGCCCUCUAUACCCUCCUCCUCUCCCUUCCAUUAUCCAGGAGUGGUGAACACGCCCUCUAUACCCUCCUCCUCUCCCUUCCAUUAUCCAGGAGUGGUGAACACGCCCUCUAUACCCUCCUCCUCUCCCUUCCAUUAUCCAGGAGUGGUGAACACGCCCUCUAUACCCUCCUCCUCUCCCUUCCAUUAUCCAGGACUAUUUUACACACUUUGAUCUCAGGCCUCACAAUGCACUCCCUUUCAUAUCGAUGGACUAUGGACCGUUGGUUGGGUUUUCUCUGUUGAAAGGCACAUGCCUUAAUGUCUAAAUGUUUAUUAUAAUGACUGGUGUCUGAAUGUGUAUUUUUUGGUAUGAGGAGGAAUAGGUGGUUUUGUGGGGAAAGUGUUUUUAAGAAUUGUAAAUAAUGUCAAAUUUUGUGCAUUUUGAUUUAGAUUUUUUUUUUUUUUUUAGAUAUAUUAGUUUUGCCCGUUGCAAUCAGUCAUUUGGAUUGAUUACACACAACAUUUUCUGGUACGUUUUGCAUAGGUAGGAUUUGGGCCAUUUUUAAGGAGUAACUGUAGAAAAACUGUUACAUGCGCGUACACAAGGAGACGAUGUGUUCCGUUGCUUGUUUUGUCAUUGGAUUUGAAUCGAUUCCCCAUAGGUUUGUUUUCUCUUACGUCCUCUUUUAGAACGGUCUCUUAAAUGUGAAUUCAGACUUUUUGACUUGUUGCCCUUGUACUCAUGAAGGUUGGGGGGUUGCAUUCCAAAUGGCGCCAUAUUCCCUUAUGAAGGGCUCUGUUUUUUUAAAGGUGGUACACUAUGUAUGGAAUCGGGUGCCAUUUGGAACACAGGGCUCAAACAGACGGUAUGGAGCUGGGGUCACUAUCUACUAUGAUUUGGUAUUUGACACAAUUGUUUUUUUAGUUGAAAUACCAGGAAGUCCUGAUGUGACAUGAUGAUGAAUAAUUUAGAUUUUUUAAAAUGUGAUUUAUUCCUUGAUGUUCUUCUUUUUCUCUCCUCCCAACUUUAUUUUUCAUUUAAUUUGGGUCCGAUGUCAACGCUUUCACAUCAGAAUAAAGCUUCAUCAGAGACCGUCUGUUCGGUCAGCAUUGUGCAUAAAUAACAUUGACUUCACAUCUUUUUUUUUUGAGGACAUUUACAAAUUAUCGAAUUUAACUUAGAAAUUAAAACAUUAUCCAGCAUUUAUCAAAUCAAACACUUACUGUAAUUGUUUUUUAUAUAUAUAUAUAUAUAAGUGUUUAAAAUAAAUAUGAACAACCAA